AACGGAAUGAUAGAGAUAUUAUUUUGACGUGAAAGUGUUCAUGAAACCCUACUCUUCUCUUGUCUGUGUUCAACUAGUAUCUUCUAUACAAUUUUUAUCUGUGUGCCGAACCUGAGACCAACAACCUUAACACGACCAAAAACCUUAACAAAUGGACGAGGAAGAGUCUGGUAAAGGAGUGGCUGAGCAAACCCCAGAGCAAAUGGUCGCCAGGGCCAUAGCCCCUGUCAAGAAGGACUUCCUUCGCCCUCCUCCCGUUCGCGCCUCCUCUCCAAAUGACGAUGUUUCCAUUCCCAACGAUAACAAAACCUCUGUUCUGGCGAAGGAGAAGAAAUCUAAGCGCCAGCUCAAACGCGAACGUCGUCAGGAACAAAAGUCCGCACGAAACCUGUGUCCGGAAAUUGCAAAGACAGGGGAUGUUAAUUCCUGUCCUUAUAAAGACAAGUGUCGUUUCAGUCAUGAUUUAGAAGGCUUUAAGGCACAGAAACCUGGUGAUCUAGAGGGAGAAUGUCCCUUCUUUAAAUCUGGAGGCUCUUGUCCUUAUGGAUUAGCAUGUAGAUUUUCAAGUACGCACCAUGAUGGUGUGCCUUCUGCGAAUCUGAAUGGUCUGAAGAAAGGUUCCGAGGUGAAUGGAUUGAGCAAAGAUGUUCAAAAGCUUUUGUGGAAAAAUAAGAUGAGAUUCCUCAAGGCUGAUACCCAACUCAAAAGUCUUUCCCUCUCGGUGCCCCAUAGAUCAAAAAGGAAUGACUUGGAAAGUAAAGAUGGCGAUGAUUCUGGUUCAAAUAAGUGUAUUCAGUCUGAUGACAGUGGCUCUUGUGUUGUUACCUCUGAAUCAGGUCCCAAGUUAGAAUGCCCUGCAGAAGCUAUAAAAGAUGAUGACAUAGAUGGAAAUUUUAAAUCUGAUGUACUUUGUCCCCAGAAGAGAAGAAAAACUACAGAAAAUUGUGGUCCUCACGAGACAGAAAAUGAAGGUGUGAGUGUUACUGAGCAAAUUGUUGACAUAAAAUCUGAACAGGAAGCUGGAACUGAUGCUAUAGCCCCAGAAAACGAUCUAAGCCUGAAGUUGCAUGCACGUGAAAAGAAGCUUAUUGAUUUCAGGGAGAAGUUGUAUCUUGCGCCCUUGACUACUGUUGGAAAUCUCCCUUUCCGGAGAGUUUGCAAAGUAUUAGGAGCGGAUGUAACUUGUGGUGAAAUGGCAAUGUGCACAAAUCUUUUGCAGGGUCAAGCCUCAGAAUGGGCAUUGCUGAGACGUCAUUCUUCUGAAAAUUUAUUUGGUGUACAAAUCUGUGGGGCAUAUCCUGAUACUGUGGCACGAACAGUUGAACUAAUAGAGCAGGAAUGUACAAUAGAUUUUAUUGAUAUAAAUAUGGGUUGCCCUAUUGAUAUCGUUGUGAAUAAGGGUGCUGGAUCAGCUCUUCUAACAAAACCAAUGCGGAUGAAAAGUAUUGUAGAAGUAGCUUCAGGCACAGCAGAUAAACCAAUAACUGUCAAGGUACGAACAGCAUAUUUUGAAGGGAAGAAUCGCAUUGAUUCUCUGAUAGAAGACAUUGGCUCUUGGGGAGUCAGUGCCGUGACAAUACACGGUAGAUCACGUCAACAACGAUAUAGCAAGCUUGCUGACUGGGACUAUGUAUAUCAAUGUGCCAGGAAAGCCCCUAAAAUGUUGCAAGUAGUGGGAAAUGGUGAUGUGUUUUCAUUUGUAGACUGGAACAACCACAGAACUAAAUGCCCUGAACUUGCUACAUGCAUGAUUGCUCGUGGUGCACUGAUUAAACCUUGGAUAUUUACGGAGAUCAAGGAACAGAGACAUUGGGACAUCAGUUCUGGCGAGCGUCUAAAUAUUCUCAAGGAUUUUGUGAAUUUUGGCCUUGAACAUUGGGGUUCUGACACAAAAGGAGUUGAGACAACCCGGCGUUUCUUGUUGGAAUGGCUUAGCUACACUUGUAGGUAUAUACCUGUUGGUCUUUUGGAUGUUGUUCCACAACGAAUAAACUGGCGCCCACCAUCUUACCAUGGUCGUGAUGAGCUUGAGACACUAAUGGCCUCAGACUCUGCAGCUGAUUGGAUACGAAUAUCAGAGAUGUUACUUGGCAAGGUUCCAGAUGGCUUUACAUUUGCACCAAAGCAUAAAUCAAAUGCUUACGAUAGAGCUGAAAAUGGCUGAUUUUGGAGUUAAUUUAGUUUUCAAUGCUGAUUCUGAUGAGAGCGUUUUCUUCUCAACUGCUGACUCAUUGAAAGACAUCUGUGGGUCUUUGAUGUCUACCUUGUUUCUUACCGCCCGGUUAGUUAACUUUGAGCAUUCUUUUCGCUUUGUUUCAUUGGGGGAGUUGUUCAUCAUUGAUUUUGGCUUUUUCAACCCGUAUACAAUAGCAUUAUUCUUCUUCUACUGAAACAAAUCAUUUAAUGAAACAUUGACAAUUGAAAUGUAAGCUUGAAUUGUUUGAGUCAUGCCAACUUGCAUGCUCGGGUCCAUUUGAAUUGUCUAUUUGCUGCAAUACCAAUACUCAUUUAUGUCGUGAGGAUGGUGGUUAGGUUAGAGAAUUCGGAUUGGAACUGACCCAUCUUUCAAUACAUAAGCUACCCGGUUCUUUUAUUUAUUGAAGCGACGUUGAAAAUGAAGUGGUGUGUGAACGAAUAAGGGAGUGUGGGGUUAAAGUGAAUCGAACACGUAUCACCGUCCAUGAAUAGCUGCUAGCUUGGUAGUCCUAGUUAGUAAGGGUGACUCGAAUGAAUUGUGUUUGAUAUUUGAUAUGCUGAAAAACGUUGUAAACAUGCCUUCGUUCUAAUGUAAAGCCUUUGUGGAUACAUUUUCUAGAGACAAACAUCUAAACAAGAUCAAAAUGAGGCUUU